GCGAGGAACGCCUGGUUUGUUAAAGCUAAAGAAGGGAGGGUAAGGGGAAGGAGAUGGAGGUAGAAGAAGCAGAGGGAGGAGAGGGCAACAGGGGUCUCCCCCCCCUGCCACCCCCACCCACUAGCUUCUGGGAGAUAGAAGAUAAAACGAGACAGUCUAUCGGGCAAUGUUAUGAUGAUGGAGUGAUGCAGCUCGCUGCUAAUUUGGGGAACGUGGUAAUCGACGAGAGAGGGAAGCGCUUUAAGGUUACUGCGUCGUUGGAUGCGAUAAAGGAACGGUGGCUCAAAGAGCGGACGGUGAUAUUUAUUUUUCAGGAUGAAGCCAGAGAUUUGCCUAGAGGGGUGAAAGAAGACUUGGUCAGAUCGUACGAAGAUUGGUGGUUCGCUCGGCGUCUGUUCCACCCAGAGGUCAGAAGGGGUAGGAUCAAAUUUGAAAGCCCCAAUGUUGUAUCGUAUGUGGCGAAAGCGGUGGAGGUGGCAAAUUGGCUGAUACAGAAGGGCACAAUUGUCUUGUCAUUGCGAGGGAAGGAGUAUCCAGCGUUAGUGAAGCCAUGGAUGCCUAAACUGGAAUUGAAGGAGCUGAAGCUGAGGGAAGCAGAGACUAAUUUCUGGAUUGUAGCCUUGAGAGUUCCCUUGGAUGCUAUGCUCUAUCUCCCGUCGGCAGUAGAAGGCUUGAUUGGAGUGGUAAAGCAUACACAUCCCCCAGAAGCAGACCGGACCGAACCCAAAUUGAUGAAUAUCAAAUUGGACAUGGACGCUCAAGCGAGAUUCAGGGUAGAAGGAGAUCUCGAUGCUCAAGGGAGCCACGAGGAGUUGGGGAGGGAUCAGUUGCAGAGGAGACUCAUAGGAGGAUUGGAAAGGGGUGAAGGAGAACGGCAAAUGGCACUGUCAUCGUCUUCUCAGUCAAGAAUCGGGAUGGGGAGCGAUCUGAUAGGAGACGAUCCGCAGUUAGUGGGAUCAGGGUUCCUGCAGGCGGAAACAUCAGAAUCCUCUACGGGAAGUUCCGGGGAGAGGCUGAGAAGUCGGGGAGGAGAAGACUCAGAUACCGGCCCCACAGCAGGGACUCGUACAGAGAUGGUUGAGUAUGCUAGGUUGUAUUACUCGGACAUUCUGACCUCGCGGCGGCUGGAUGACACUGUGGAUACUGAUCUUUCGCUGGAAUCGAACAUGUGGGAGGACACCACGGUGGUCUUGUCAGAAGCAGAUUGCCUGUCGCUCGACCGACCGAUCACGGUAGAGGAGCUGGGCCAGACUCUGAAACAGAUAGCACCUGGUAAAUGCCCAGGGAGGGAUGGGCUCACUGUGGAGUUCUAUAGGGCUUGUUGGGAUGCGUUGGGGCCGGCCCUGGUAGAAGUCUAUAAUGAGAUUCUGGUGGGGGGAAAGUUGGGGGAGAUGAUGACACAUGGAGUCAUCUCAAUCAUGUUCAAGAAAGGAGAUAAAGCCUCGAUCCGCAAUUACCGCCCGAUCUCCAAUUUGAAUGUGAACUAUAAGAUUCUGGCAAAAUCUCUGGCCCUUCAGUUGGGGAGGAUCCUCCCAAAACUGGUGGAAAGAGACCAAGGAGCUUUUGUACAAGGGAGGUCCAUCUUCAUCAAUAUUCUGACGGCAAUCGAGAGCAUCGAGGAGUUCCAGGCAGAGAACCUAAACGUCGUCGUUCUGCGAUUGGACAUGGAGACGGCGUAUGACAGCGUGGGUUGGUCAUUCAUGCUGACGACUUUAAGAAAGAUGGACUUGGUCAAAGUUUCUGCAGAUGGGGCAUUGCUAUGUAUACCGUAGCUACUUCGGCGGUACAGGUGAAUGGCCAUCUGUCGAGACCCUUUACCCUGACGAGA